UAAAAUAGUUCAUAAAAAGAAACUUAGAAUAAUGUAAUCCAGAGUUAGUAUGUGUAAGGGUGGCUAGACCCCCUUCAAAGAGCGUCAAGUUUGAUAAAAGAUAACCCAUGAAUCACUCCUCUAUAUCAAUAUAUGACUCUUAUUCACAAGCCUUACUCAGGUCGGUCAAAAGUGUGUGAUAUCAGAUCUGACUAAGGGAAACAGAAAUGGGAAGAUCCAAGACAAUAGUGCCUCGAAACUCAACAGACCGUGUUCUAUUUUCCCUAAUGGUAGUUGGCAUACCCUUUGGAGUAGCGUGGUUGGGGUGUAUAGUGUUACCCCACUACCAUGACACCAUCAACUCAACAGUGGUAUUCCAUAUCGUGUCAGCCUUGUUCAUCCUCUACAACAUUUUCCAUAACAUGCUUCUCGUAAUCAGGAUAGAUGCAAGUGGUCGAACCUCUUACUUACCCUCUGUCCUUAAACCUGGCUGGAGAUACUGUGCCAUCUGUCAAGUGAAUUAUCCCCCAAGGUCUUACCACUGCCACAUAUGUGAUGAAUGUAUCCUCAAGAGAGACCACCACUGCAAGUUUACAGGGUGCUGUAUCGGCUACCACAACCAUCGUUACUUUUUGAUUGGUAUUCUGUAUGUAUUUAUAGGAGCGCUUUAUGGUGUGUAUUACCAAUGGGACUAUGUCUUUACCACCAUCAAUCUGCCAAUGUUUUACUUCUUUUUGACUUUGUUAGCUCCCCAUUUUACUCUCCUAUUUGGCGCCAUAAAUCUGUGGGGUGUCCUCGUAGCCACACUCCACACCCUGGGCCUGAUAACACUCUCCAUGGUGUCUUACCUUCUCUUUAUGCAAGUGAAGGCUAUUUGCCUCGGCCAAACUCAGUAUGAAAUGAAGCUGGACAUACAUGAUUAUAACUUGAGCCUUUACCAGAAUUUUGUUGAUGUUAUGGGAAGGAAGUGGAAAAUAGCAUGGGUGUCCCCCUUCAUUAGUUCACCUCUGAAGGGUGAUGGCAUUAGCUUCCUUAAGGCUAAUGAGUAUGAACCGCCGAAAGACAUUUAAUGCAAUGGAAUGUUACGUUUUCAGUGUGAGGUGGUGCAGUUAGCCAGGUACUACUUAAAUGUUAGGUCUGUUUCACUGUAGGUGAUGUUCAUGGUAUAUUUUGAGUAAUUUAUCAGAAGAACCAUUGUAUAGAAGCUUAGUGGCCUUCCUGUGGCCUCCUGUAGUGUUAGUUUUAGUUAUAAGUGCAAUUAAAAAUGAGAUUGUGCUUCCAAGUGGUAGUUGUUUGUAGAAAAUACAUAAGUAUCAGUAUUAAUUGUUCAUAAUUUCACUUACAGAUUAAGUAUAUUUGUAUGCAUGUAAAGUAGAGGCAACUCAUUGAUAGAGUUUAUAGGGUUUAUAAUAGCAUUCAUAUGUGGCCUUGUGACUUCCAGUUAGACACAAGUAACUGUGCUUCCAGUGGACAAGUUAAGACUUAAUGAAACUUCCAAUAUUCAUAUCCUUGUGAUUCAAGUUUAUGAAAACUUUGCUACUCAUUAUUCACCAAGAUGUAUUUUGCUUUACCAUAUUUUUUUUCAUCCAACCAACUUUUAUAAAUAGGUUUCAGGUUUAACUUUUAUGUGUUGAGUUGUUUGGUUUAAGUUUGCUUACCUGCAUUUAUUUGUACAGCAGUCAUUUAAGAUCCCAAAUUUCAAACAAUUGCUUUACAGUAUGGAUCAGUUUUCUUUUAUCUCCACCAUUAUGGUAAAAUUUUAGUGUACAGUAUAGUCUCGAUUUACGUGGAUUUGGUUUACGCGUUUGGUCAUUUACGCGGCACCUUGCCAGACCGACAAUUUUUAUUUACGCGGUUCAUUCCAUUAUUUA